AAAAAAAAAGGAGGAGAAAACCCUGUUCCGAUUGGGAAAUGUGGCGUCCAAUUGGGAUGCAGGUUCUGGAAUCUCCUGGCCAAUCCCCGGCAAGAGGCGGGGCUCGUCUGUCAAGGUUACUGCAUAAAGACUCCACCUUGACAUAGCUUCAUCAGCACGGGCCAGAGGAAGCACCCUUGAGCGUGAAACUAGUUGCCGUCCCUCCGUCUUGCCCCUGACUCACCUGUAACAGGCGAGCUCCCUGUGUACCUGACCUGUCUACCGAAGCUUUUGCACUCCUUUGACAAUAAAGCUUGACAUUUCUUGCAUCAUUACCAGCGAAUCAUGUCUAUCACUGACAUUCUCUCCGCUAAGGACAUUGAAGCCGCACUGGCCAGUGUACAGGCUGAAAACACCUUUCAGUACAAAACUUUCUUCCAGAAGGUUGGUCUCUCUGGCAAGUCUGCCGAUCAGGUCAAGAAGGUCUUCGAAAUCCUUGACAGAGACCAGAGUGGAUAUAUUGAGGAAGAUGAACUUGCACUGUUCCUCCAGAACUUCAAGUCUGGUGCCAGAGCUCUGAAUGAUGCUGAGACCAAGGCUUUCCUUAAGGCCGGUGACUCUGAUGGUGAUGGCAAGAUUGGAGUAGAUGAAUUCCAGGCUUUGGUAAAGGCAUAAACAGCCCAAGACCAAAAAAAAAAAUAGAAGACAAGGACUGAAUCCCUCAAUUUACACCCAACAGGCACCUCAUUCAUGGCUGUCACUUAUUUGUGCAUUUUUAUACUGUCUCAUGGCAUUGGUAAAAUGCUUGUAUGUUAACUUUUUGGGACUAUUGAAUAUCUAACAAUGUACAGGUACUCUGCUCAUUGAUGUUACGUCUUAAAUGUUUUUGGAUGGCGCUUACUGAUUUCAACCAAUCACAAUGUUCAAGUUGUGGCUGGGAGAAGGAAA